UCCACCGGGGCUCGGUCUUCAAGGCUCACGGAGAGCGAAUGUCGUCAUGAGCGGAAUGUGCUGUGAUGUCCUUGAACAGCCUAACUACUGAAAAUAGAUGCUGCAGGAAGCCUGAAUCUGACUCUGCUGUGUCUGUGUUUUCCAGAACAACAGGACAGUAUGGCCACCACUGUUGCUGUCAGUCCCAGUGAAUACCUUCAGCCCUCCACCGCUUCCACACAAGACACCCAGCCCUCUCCUCUGGCCCUCCUGGCUGCCACCUGUAGUAAAAUCGGCCCCCCCGCUGCUCAGGCUCCUGUCACCUCUCCUCCAGCGCAGCCGCAGCCUCGCAGGCUCCUCCCCAUAAAGCCGGCUCCAAUCGCCCCCGCUCCGCCCAAAAACCUCUCUUUCCUCUCAGCCAAGGGCAAUGUGAUCCAGCUGCCUGCCGGCCUGGGCACCACGGCCUCUGGCAACCCCAUCGUGCUCACUAUCCAGCAGAGCCCGGCCCGCACACACACCUCGGCCCCCGCCAACAUCCAGUACCAGAUGGUGCCGCAGAUCCAGGGUGCCCAGACUAUCCAGGUGAUGCCACAGGGAGGGCAGUUCCAGCUCAUACCAGGGACCAACCAGGCCAUCCUCACCACCCCCAUGACCGUACCGGCUCCGGCGGCCGCCACCACUCCUAUUACGCCGCAGAAGACUCUAGCCAUCAAGCCCUGCCCCAAGUCGCGCAAGCCAAACAACUCUGCUGCAAACAUGGUGCAGCUGCCGAGCGGGCUCACGCUGCCGCUCAACGUGGCGACCGGAGAGGUUGGCGGGACUCAGUUCAUCACAGAGACGGCAGCUGCCCCUCCCACUCCGGGAAAGGGACGACGAGGGAGGAAGAAGAAAGUGGCUUUGACUGGCACGCCUCCUCCUCCCCCCCAGGCUGCCUCUCCACCCCCAGAGCAGAUGGAGACCAUCUUGAUAGAAGCUGGCGACAACAUCAUUCAGGCAGGCAACAACCUGCUGAUCGUGCAGAGUCCCGGGCAGCCACCAAUGGUGCAGCAAGUCCAGCUGGUCCAGUCCAAGCCGGAGUCUCAGGUGGUUCAGAUCCCCCAGCAGGCCUUGAAGGUGGUGCAGGCCGCCUCCGCUACAUUACCGACCAUCCCACAGAGACAGUCGGUCCCCUCAAACCUCCAGGUUACUCAAACAGAUGCAACACCAACACAGUUCCUCUUCAAAACCGCAUCGGGUGAGUGGCAGACUGUUCAGCUACAGGACUCAGUCUCCACGACAACGACCCCCACCACUUCGGUCGUCACCACCAGCACCUCGCCGCCGGCGGGCGCCAAGAAGACGCUGGGGGGAGGACGGAAGGAACGGACUCUGGCAAAAAUAGCUCCGGCGGGGGGGAUGAUCGCGCUGAACCCGUCGCAGCUCUCCUCAGCGACCCAGACGGUGCAGACCAUCAGCAUCAACGGCGUCCAAGUUCAGGGAGUUCCUGUCACCAUCACCAACGCCGGGGGCCAGCAGCACCUCACGGUGCAGGCGAUGCAGGGCGGAGGACUCCAGCUGGCAACGACGCAGGGCCAGCCGGCCAUCCAGGUGGACCAGACCCUCACCCUGGAGCUGCCCGGCCAGCCAGGAGAAAAGAAGCGGCGCAUGGCCUGCACCUGCCCCAACUGCAAAGACGCAGACAAGAGGCCUGGGGAGGUGGGGAAGAGAAAGCACAUCUGCCACGUCCCCGGCUGCGAGAAGACGUUCAGGAAAACGUCGCUGCUCAGAGCUCACGUCCGGCUGCACACUGGCGAAAGGCCCUUCGUCUGCAACUGGGUUUUCUGCGGGAAACGUUUCACGCGCAGCGACGAGCUGCAGCGGCACGCCAGGACGCACACAGGAGACAAGCGCUUUGAGUGCAGCCAGUGUCAGAAGCGCUUCAUGAGGAGUGACCACCUGACGAAGCAUUACAAGACUCACAUAAACACCAAGAACCUGUGAGCUGCCUGUAUACUGACUCAAACUAAAGACUGUAUAAGAGGAAGGAGGGGCAAACAGAGGAGACGAUACCAAGGGAGUGUCUGUGACUUAUCCCGUUAUGGGAAAUACUCCAAAAAAGUCCCCAUAUCCCAUCACACUCCUCUAGGACACUGUGUGUACAAAGAAAUCCUUCCUGGUGGACUUCAUACUGAUCCUGCAAACCUAUCCAUUAAUAGUUUAACUUCGUUUUAGUAUUUUCUCUGCUCUGAGUUGAGCGGAGGCCAGAUCCAGCUCUGACAACUCCGAACACGCAAGAUGACGAGAUGGCAAGGCUUCAGAUGCUUAACUCUGCUUGGUUAUUUAUGAACUUCCCUUGGGGGAAGAACGUACACAGAAUUAUUCAGACGCCAACACAAAGACCACAGGACUCCAGUCACAGUUUCCCUCUCUUUUAUUUUGUUUUUUCUUCCCCCAAAUCCUGCUUGUUUUUUUUUGUUUUUUUUAUCUUUGUCAGGGAACAUUGGGAGCUCCUGGAAAUUGGCUUUCAAGCAUCAAAAAAGAAAGAGAAAAAAAAAAGCAUUACCUUUGUUUUGUAAAUUAACAGGUUUUACCUCAGUGGAAUGUUAAUUUUAUUUUAAGGUAUUUGUGGUUAAGCAGGAGUCUCUCCCUAAAAGUUGGGGACGAUUACGUAAAAAAAAAAACUUUUAGAAGUUUACAUUGGCUAUUUUUUAAAGUGUGUAUAUGCAUACUAUUAUACAUCAUAUUCAUAAUGAUAAUAAACUAUUUAUAACAUUUUCCAUAAAAUUGUUAGAAAUUGAUUUACAAAGUAGGUAUGUAGAAAAACUUGACCUAAAAAAAGAAAUGAAACAGGAGGCUUAAAGGCUCAAUGAGUAGGAUUUAAAAAAAAACAACAUGUAGACUAAAAUAAUCCCAUUCAGCCAUCACUUACAGUAUGACCUACUAGAAGUGUGUUGUGGUUGUUUUUUUUUAACCUGCCCUCUGCCUGAAUUUUCUUAUUUUGCUGUGUUCAGGACGUUUCUGGGCAUCAACCUCUAAAAUCAGGCAAGGUGCAAGAUUGUAAGCACACAUCCAAGAGAAAGCUACGAAAAUGUUAGACACAGUGCCGAAAAAAACGCAGAUUUAGCAAGAGGAAACAGAAAGCGGACAAAGCUUGACUCAUCUGCUUGAGCCGGGGAUACAUUUUAGCUGUUGAGUUUACAAACUGCAACGACAAAUCCUACUUAUUCUGCCUUUGAAGUUUCACAGCAGAAAUACAUACAAAGAGGGAAAAGAACAUUUUAUCACAUUUGCUUUGAGGGUACUGAUUUCAGUCUGAGCUCUUCCAGCAGAGCGAUCCAAGGCCUGGCAUCUCUGGUGGCAAAGCUUUAGAUGCAGUCACUUUGCUGCCAAGACCACUGAACAAAGCAGCAGCACCUCAGGCUUGGAAGGGGUUUAACAUACAGUUCAGGGGCCAGAAGUCACUGUGCCUUAACAGUUUUAAUUCAAAUCUUAAAAAUCUAGUUCUAAACAAACAGGCAAAAAGUGAAGAGCUGCUGAGAUUCGAUUAGUAUAGUGAUAUCUUAGUGAAGAGCCUGACUCCUGCUGGAAAAUAUACAAACGGUGGUUUAAACGCGAAAACAUGAAGGACAGAUUUCAAGGUCAGCAAAUGUUACAAAAGAUGUAUUUUUUUAAAUAGUUUGUUUUAAACUGAGAGAAGCAAAACAACAUCAAAAUUUUAUCCAAUUUCACUCUCGAACCUGGUAAAGCUUAGCAAAGUUUCAAAUAUUGUCUUGUGUGUUGGUUGAUGGAGCAUAUUCGAGACUGUUUUUUAAUCAUUAAACAUUAAGGGAAUGUAUACAUCCUGAGGCUUUUGAUGGCAACUCAAGUCUCACAUCAUGAUUAGGUAUAAUGUCACAAAGUGCAAGCAUGUAAUUAGAGAAUAAUAGAGGACCCAGGGUUGAUCCUUGUGGAACACCAGAUAUGAUCACCGGACUUUUGUGAUCAAGCAGUGUGUUGUAAUCAACCAUAUCAAAGGCUGCGAAUGGGUCAAGGUGAAGCAGGAUGUCCCCUCUUGUCAGCUGCAAAGAGGACGUUGUUUGUAACAUCUAUUUGGAGGACUGACAUUCUUCAGAAAUGUUAAUUUUAUGACGCGGAGGAAACGCCGUUAAGUUACCAAACAUUUUCUUUUGAGGAUUGAUAGUUAAGUCUCCUUUUAUCAACAAGUCAUAAUUGAUAGAUGCAACAUUUGUGGAGGACUGCAUUACUAACCUGUUGUCCAAUAACCUGACUAAGUCCAAGGAGAGUGAUGACUUCACAUAUGAAUCCAUGUAUACUACCUAAAAUGCUCUACCUUUUUAGAGAAUUACUGCAAAAACAUUCAACUUUCUGGUGAACUUCGUUUUCUGUGACGACAGGGCAAAGUUGAUAACCGUCAAACAAAUCCAAGAGUUUUUUUUUAAGUUUGAAAAAUAAGGUAAAAAAAGGUCUCUUGAGUCUCCAGGUGCUAAGGAUUUAAUUCAGUGAAAUAAUUAAUGUGAUGAACCCGCUCACACCCCUCUUUUCCCUCUGAGGUCAAAAUCAGGUUGCUUCAUAGUUGGUUAUCCAUCUAGGAUACCACAACAGGUACGCUUACGUCUAGGGCUGGGUAUCGAACUUCGAUACUUUCAGUACUGGAAUGUGUUGUUAGCACUGAGUAUGGAAGCUGUCAAAAAAAUAAGAGUUGGCAUUGAAUAUUUGGCCACAUUCAUACUCUAUGGACUUGUUCCUUUAUCACAGUUCCUGAUUUAAAUCAUACUCUUUUAGACAGCAUUCUGUUUAGUUCUUGAAUGGCUGCAUGUGUUUAGACAUUUGAUUUUAACAACUUAUCUCCUUUUAUUACCUGAAAGGUUUGCCUUUUCAUUAUGGCGUAUAUUUUAGAAAAAAAUGUUUGUACUUCUCAAAGUAAGGUAUAAAAAAAGUAUGAUACCCAGCCCUACUUACACUGUGUGUACUAAUAAAUAAGUAACUAAAUUCCAGGGUAACUCUGCGAAUCUGCUUUACUCACAGUAUCAUUUGGAUUUCAUGAUUUGUAGCCUAUGCAUUGCUGUAUUAAUAUGAACAGAUUUCCAAUUAUUUGGCCUGACUUGACAAUCACGUCCCAAGAUGAAAAAAUAUCUUUCUCAGGCCUUCCAACAGUUACUUUGUACAUGCAUUUUCUUUUUCCAGCUAUGUGAUAGCUUUAAUUCUGAAUUAACACUUGAGUUUUUUUUAUAUGCAGAUGACCAGCAUAAGGCCUACUGUACAGUAUUCACACAAGUUGCUUAAAUGUAUUUUGCUUUACAGAAAACAUUGUUGCUCAUGUGUUUUUGUUGUUGUUGAUAUAAUGAAGAUUUACUGACGUUUCGCUAACAUCUCAUCAGUCAGUUUAAAGUCUGAACUUGUACGUGAGUUACUUUUAUUUAAAGAAAUACACCGACUUAUUGUUAAAUAAGCUUUUUGGUCAAAUUAGCUUGGUGCUUCACCUCUGUGUUGAGUUUUCACUGUGGCGUGUUUUCAAUACUGUGACAUACAUGUUAAAUGGAUGGUGCUGCCUUGCUAAAUAUUACAACUUUGACCAAAAAGUUAAAAGUCUGAUUUGUUUUGUAUAGCACUUUGAAUUCUCAAAGUGAUUCACAGGGGCGGCAGAGAAACGUAAAGCUUACAUGUAGGUGGCCAAUAUUUGGUGUAUUUUUUCUAGAAUAUGUCUGAAGACAUGCGAUGCCAUGGGGAUGGAAAGACAGAGCCGGUUCAUAUUUAUGUUUGUAUUUCAUGUCUGAAUAUGUAAAUACAGUGUGUGUCUGGGAGACACAAUAAAUGUAGGAUAAUAAAACCCAAAAGUUAAGCUGCCUAGUGUUGUUGUUGGCGUUGCCAGCCCUGAAGGAAAUGGACUUUGUACAGUGUGUAAGGAAUAAAAUAUAAUGUGACAUUGUAUAGCUUCAUUCCUGCUUUGUAUACGACUUCUAAAUCUUUUUUCUAUUGAAUUAAAGAUGCCUUAGACAGCUGCACCCAGUAUUUAGAGAUGUUUUUUUUCUGUCUAAUUCCAGGUAACAUUUGUAAAACUCCUUUUGUGUUUUUAACUUAUGUUACAUGCUCAUGUAAUGUGCACUGAUUUAAAAUCCCAGGUUCCAAAAUUUGUAAAGUUGAUCUUCAUUGUAAUGAUAAUGAGAUUUUCCAAAUUUAGACGUUUCUUUUGCUUGGUUUCGGUGAAAUAAAUGCUUCUCCUUCUUCAGGCCUAUAUGUCAUAUAAUGUUCAGCAGCCAAUUGUUGUGUUUAUAUGGAGAACCCGUAGAACCAGCAACCCAUUUUAUAAACUGUGUAAAGGUGCUAAAACAUAAUGUUGGCUCCUUUUCUACAGCCCCCCCUCCCCCCCAAUAAAGAACUUAAACCAUU